AAUCCUCAAUUUAAAUUUGGGAUUCCACAGCAGAUGGGCUAUAAGCCAAACCUGACCCAAAACCAAAAUAAUUUUAAACCAAACCCUCAAUUUAAAUUCGGUAUUCCCCAACCUCAAGGUUUUAGACCCAACCUCAAUCAAAACACACAGGGUUUCAAAUUCGGGAUUCCCAAUCAGUAUCGGUUCGGGAUUCCACCCCAGCCUCAGGGAUACAGACCCCCUGUAAACAACUCCAAACCAUUGGACACUGAUGUCUCUAUGCGAACAGCAACAAGACAGUACAUGUUAGAUGAACCUGAAGGUAAUAAUAACCUUUUCUAUAACUACGAACUUGCGGAAACUUACUGUCAUCCAAAUGAAGGAGAUUAUGAAGCAUAUUACGAUCUGUAUGAAGAGCCGACCAGCUCGGAAACAACCAAAAACUACCCCGGAUUUUCACGAGCCGGCCGCACCCAACAACCCGAGAUAGUAAAUCUUAAUUGUGAUAGCUUAUUAAAAUUACCACACAUCAACUUACCUGAGAUAAAUGCUCGUUUUAUGAUAGACACGGGAAGCACUCGAUCGUUUAUCAGCCCAAGGAAAGUUGACGAGUUCUUCGCCAACUAUAAGUUCUUCGAACCCUUCGAGGUUGUAAGCACUCACGCUCGUAGCAGACACGACGAAGUCAUCGUCAUACCCCUUCUGAAAACUUUUAAGAGCAUGUUACAACAUAAGUUUUAUGUUUAUGACGUCGAUAAUCGCUACGAUGGCUUGAUCGGUUCCGACCUUCUAAAACAACUAGGCGCCACAAUCGAUAUGCAGAAUCAAGUUCUCCGAACGAAAAAUGUAGAAAUACCAAUAAUAUAUAACCCACCAUAUGAAGUGCAGCUUCAACCACGUACUGAAACACGCGUGACGAUUCCUGCGGACCUGAAAGAUGGAGAAGCGAUUAUUAAUUUCGUAGAUUUCGGUAAAGACGAUACUGAAUCCAUGCAGGUGAAUGUAGACGAAUCUGAAAGACGAUUACAUUCUUACUUGGAUGAUGUGGUCUCUGAAAUUGAAAGGUUAAGUAACGCGCAACCAAAUCGGAAAGACGAAGUAAUAUCAAUAAGCAGUGGAGAGAAAGAAGAAACAACAAAGCAUGAGUUAGAAACUGAGUACCCUAUAUUAUCGCCUUCUGAAAGCACCAUUACAAUACCAGAAGGAACGAUGAGUAACAUGUCUCUAUCACAAACUGUUCAUUCGGCACCAGACAUGGACACAAAUGGCAUACCUAUUCUAAACGAAGCCAUAGACUCUAAGCCUAAUCAGAUGUUAAUUUAUACAUGGAACAGAAACGAGAUGGCUGUAAAGAAUAUCUCUAGUAACAAUCAAAAGAUAUUAGAGGCACAUUUACCAACAAAUAGUUCAAGGAUCAGAGGAUCAGCUGUGCUAAAUGAGCUGAUAGUGGCUUCACUCGCUGAAUUAAAACCACUGCUUUUAAGCCGUAAGGAUGCGUCUAAGGAGUUAACAGAUAGUGAAGAUACAGACGAUCUAUCUACAGUUCGGUCCUCAUCAUCGAAGUCAAAGAAAUUGUCCAGGGUCGAUAAAUUAGAACAGAACUUUAGUGAGAUGAAGGACAUGCUUUCCAACAUCUUAAAGAGGCUCGAUAAUAUUUCAGACGAUGAAUGUCGUUCGCACGAAGGAUGUCUUGAGGAGGAUACAACGAAAUCAUUCACCUGGAAAGCUCCGGAUCUAUUACCUGAAGAAGAUGAAGAUUACAUAUCAGACAUCUUCAACGUGCAGCCAAUUGUCUUCCUCAACACCAGAAAACACGGAAAUUUCUAA